AGGGGCGCCUCUGUCGCGCCAGUACCCCAGCCGAGUGCUCCGUGAUACCACGCCGGUGCUGCGCUACCGGACCGCUUUACUCCGUCCUAUAGUAAACACACAACUGUUGCACACCCUACUUAAUAACCGGUUUUGUGAAUAAAGUGACAGACACUGAUUUUGUGGUUGCUACGUGUUUCGUGUUCAGUGUGUUGUGGAUUCUGUGACUAUGUUAAAAAGCUCACCACGAAAGUGCGGAUGUAUAUAUAGUGUUUUUAAAAUUUCAUUUUUGUAUGCCCAAUCGCCAGUGAUGCGAUGACCAUUGGAUUGAAAACGCACGUUUGGAUUACCUAAACGUUGCAUAUUUGAACACGUGCGCAGUGGAAGAUGGCGUGUAUCGAAAAAGAGAAGUAUUAAACCAAAAUGGCCAUCGCCCGAGCCUUACUGGUGCUCUUAGUGUCCACGGCUCAAGCGUGGAUGCCAGACUCCAGUGCUCGCAUAGAAGUCAAAUACGGCGAUGAAACUUCUGAACAGUUCGUAGGCAACGCGAUGGCGCCAGACCACUUUCGUAUUUUAGACAAAGAUGACUUCUCUAUAAUAGUGGGAGGAAGGAAUAUGGUCUACAACCUCAGCCUCUACGACUUAUCGGAGAAUAUAGAGCAGCGUCUAGAAUGGCAGUCAACGGAUGCACACCGAGAAUUAUGCCAAGUAAAAGGAAAAUCAGCUGAUGAAUGUCAAAAUUACCCACGUGUCGUAGCGCGGACACACAAUGGGUUGUUGGUCUGCGGAACAAACGCGUUUAAGCCUCUUUGCCGGCGAUAUACCCGGCAAUCACAAUCACCGCCUAUGGAAGAAUUCGAUGCCUCCGGCCGCUGCCCAUACGACCCUCAACACAAUUCCACCGCUAUAUAUGCCAAUGGGCAAUUGUACACGGCAACAGCUGCAGAUUUUUCUGGAACUGACCCACUGAUCUAUCGUGAACCUGUACGAACAGAACGUUCUGAUCUUCGUUUACUUAACGACCCCUCAUUUGUUGGAGCUAUUGCUUCUACCAGUCACGUUUACUUUUUUUAUCGAGAAACAGCUGUUGAAUAUAUGAAUUGCGGAAAGGCAGUAUACUCAAGAAUUGCAAGAAUUUGUUUAAACGAUAAAGGAGGCCCUCACACAUUCAGCGACCGAUGGACUUCCUUUUUAAAAACACGCCUUAACUGUUCUAUACCGGGAGAAUAUCCAUUUUAUUUUGAUGAAAUUCAAGCGACUACUGAACUCAUCAAUGGUGUUUAUGGUAGUAGCAGCAGUAGAAACGAUAUCGUAUAUGCAGUAUUUACGACCCCUCAAAAUGCUAUAGGAGGGUCAGCUGUUUGUGCUUUUGCUAUGAGAGAUAUUUUGGAAGCAUUUGAGGCAUUCAAAGGCCAAGAAAGCAUGAACUCUAACUGGCUGCCGUUAGAAAAACAUAAAGUACCAGAACCAAGACCUGGGACUUGCAUAGGAGAUAGCAGAACACUUACAGAUUCUGCUGUAAAUUUUAUAAAAACUCAUCCACUAAUGGAUAAAGCAGUACCGUCAUUUUUGGCACGACCCAUUCUCAUUAGAGUUAGUUUGCAAUACAGAUUUUCCGCUAUUGCCGUUCAUCCCCAAGUUCAAGCAAUGAACGGUAACAAAUACGAUAUCAUGUAUGUAGGUACGGAUGACGGCAGAGUUAUAAAGGCUGUGAAUGUAGCAUCUAAUGAAGGAGAAUUUGACGCUAGUGUAGAUGAAUAUAGCAAAAACCCUGUAAGGACUGUUGUAAUAUCUGAAGUGCAAGUUUUACCUCAAGGUAUGCCUAUCAAGCAAAUGCACGUAGCGCUUACUACAGAGAAACUGAUUGUUGCGUCCGGAGAUAUAAUAAAGGCAGUAACGUUGUCACAUUGUGGCAACGUGCGUUCUUGCAGAGAGUGUAUAUCAUUGCAAGAUCCCCACUGUGCAUGGGACUCAAAGCAACAGCAAUGUUCUUGGGUCGGGAAUAGGCAAUUUCCGAAUCCUGAGAGAUUUUUACAGAAUGUAGAAUAUGGAAAGACUGAUAUAUGUAAUAAGUUGCCAGCCCUUAUGCCAGGGCAUAGUAAUAAAAAUCCGGGAACAAAGAAACCUAAGUUAUCAGAUUCUGAUGACAUACGCAAUGAAAUACUAAUAGAAGUAGUUGAGACUAACGUUUUAUCUGAAGAGAAAAAUACUAAUAAUAAACAUGAAACAGAUUUACUAACGGUCGAAGCAGCUGAUGGAAACAUUUACAGUGCUCAAGCAUUACUAACAGCUGUGGUAGCAUCUUGCCUGGUGACACUUAUGGUGGGAUUUGUCAUCGGAUAUCUCUUUUCUCGAAGAUUUCGACAUCCAUUUUUUACAGAUACCUCACCCUUUAAUGAACAACAUAAUCAUUUAAACAGACGGAGUCCUCUGGAAACGCCAUUAAACACUAAUACAAGUUUCAUGGCAACGCGAUCGAAGAAUGUUAACAUGGUGGCCAACGUAGGACCACUUGCUAAACAAGAUAAUUUACAUCUUGAACUUGGCAAAGAACGUACACUAGAUCUAAGAAACUCCACCGAAUCACUUGAUAAGGAUCUUAAGUGCGGUACCUUACAAAAAGUUAAAAAGACUUAUAUUUGAAAAAUAGCUAAACAGACAGUAUAUGGAUCUAUUACAAAGUGAAUGAACUGAACUGUGUCGCGUGUGCCAAGUUUUCCGAGUAAUUCGGUUGUAACGAUGUGUAUGUUUGGUGUGAUCGCUGUUGAUUAUACUAGAAUUGUAAAUAUUGUUUUUAUCUUGACUGUACAGUUUGAGCUAGUUAUAGUAAUAAUAUUAAGAUAUAAAAAUAACCAAUCUUUAAGUACACAAAGAUUGGUGAGACUAGGAUAAUUGAUAAAAUGAAAUCUUUUAUCACUACGUUAAAAAAUAUUUUUAAUUAUAAUACCAACGUAUGGCAUACUCGUCGAAACUGUAUAGCGACAGUGAAAAUAUAAGUUUGAAAAAUUGAUUAUAUAUAAAAAAUAUGAAAUAAGUAAAUUAAAGAAACGCACUUUUAUAUGAACAAAUUUAAACUUUUCAUCACGGAUGCUUAAUGUGUUUAUUAUAAACUUGAUAUAUUUAAUAAACAAUAUUAACAUGUGUUUUUAUCAAAUUUAGUUAUUCAGAAAUAAAAUAGACAAAAGUAAUAAUAUACUCAAUUAAUUAGUAUAGAACAUUUUUAUUUAAGCUAGGUAUUUGUGCAUUUUAUGCACUGUUAUUUCGAUAAAAAAAAACAUGGGUUCCAAUAUUAUUUAUUAAAUUUACCAAGUACUUAUAAAAAAGAAAAUAAAUUACGUAUAAUUAUCAUACUAAACUGGCAAUCGUUAAAUUUUAUAUGAAACAAUGGUGGCUUCCAUCAUAAGCGUUAAUAUCUAGCAUUGCCACAUUGGGUAUUUUUUUUUUGCAAUUUUGAAUAAAAAUAAAAUCAGUAUGCAGAAUAUUGAGUAAUUUAUUUAAGUUUUGACAUUAUAAGGUUAGCAUAAAAGGCUAUUAUCUUUUUUUGUCGCUUAUUUAGUGAUAAUUUAGUAAAACUGACAAAGAAUUAAUUUAAAAAAAUAUAUAUUAAAUAUUUAGAGAAAAAUAAAAACUCAUCUGGCAACGCUAGUAAAUGCGCAAAUAGAAAUUAAGUUAAGAUUAAGAUUAUUAUGUUUAAAUCACAUGUAUUUUAUAAAAUCUUGUAUUUGUACUGCACAAUGUUAUGCAGUUAACUGCAGUAGUGUUAUAUUCAAUAUAACAGAUUUUUUUUAAAAUUAAUUACGCUUUAAAAUUAAUUUUCAUUAUUUCUUUUUUUAUUACCAUUCAUUAACAGUGAAAAAGCAGUGUUUACAUUGCACUGUGUGGUAUUCUUAGGGAACUUUCGCGUAUGGACUAUCACUGUGUUUAUUCAACGCAGUUUUUUCAACAGUACAUUCAUCUCUCUAGUGCGUGAUAGUAUGCAAUUUCGUUAUGUCGCAACUUGACGCCGAGGAUGCUUGUCACUCUAAGUAUAUACCACGCCAUUUGCAAAAUGCCAAGCAGCAGUUUACACUUUACAACAAAAAGCAAAUGUCACCCAAGGUACCUCCUCGAGUGAUAUCACUAUCAAAACUUUGUAUUUUAUACUUUGAAUAUAAAUACAUAUCUAACAUUAUUGACCCCGGAACGACAAACAUAUAUUAGCAGAGACUUCUCGCGACUUGUCACUCAUCUUGGUACCUUAAUGAAUACCUACUAGUUGACAACUGAAUGUUAAAAACAUAGCAUUCUUACAUUUGAAUAUAGAUAACUGCUGAGUGUAGCAAUAUUUUUCACAGGAAGCCCCAUUGUUAAGUACUUCUUAAUUGUUCCAAGUUUAGUGCUAAAUCUCUUUUUACAUUCCAUUAAAUCACAUUUAGGUAGAUAUAUAAUUUCUUUAGGCAGCUCAUUGUAAAUAUGAAAUAUAUUUAAAUGUAUAUAAUGCUAUAAAAACAUGCGUAAACUGAACAACUGAAACAAUUAUAUAAAAGUAAUCAAAAGUCAGCAGUCGAAGGGUCUUAUUUAUAUGAGUAAAUAACAUUGUUUAAAAAUCAUAUAAUGAAAGAGACCCAUUAAUAUUUCAGCCUAGAAAUAUUUUUAAAGUUCUAACAUAUCACCAGGUAGACUAUUGUUCUUCAUUAACUAGACAAGCCAUUUGCGUUUAAAUAAAAUUGUGUAUAUCUAUUGCUAUCAUAUUAAAAAAUGAAUACGGUAUUAAUACAGUUAUAGCAUAAAUUGCUGUGCUAAGUGCAUAGUGCCUUGUAGGUUGCCAAUUUAGUGCCUAAUGUAAUUUAGAUAAUAUCAUGAAAGAGUAUCUAUAGAUACAUUUAAUCUCCUGUUAUAUUUCAGUUUACAUAAAAUGAACUGAAUGAAGCCUAACAAGCUUUGUAAAUAUAGAAUGAUCUACACAACAUACUCAAAAUAUAGUUGUUAACGAUAAUACCUAGAAAAUCAACAUAUAUUUGCCAAUUUUUUUUUUGUUUUUCAAAUAAUAUUCUUUUUUACUUGUCCUCAGCACAGAAAUAUUCUUGUAUGCAUACUCAUAACGAUUAUAUUUGUACUUUGUUUUUAGAAAUGGAUUCAAACACGGCUGAAAAACCACCAAUCGUAUUUAAAGUGUUCCCACCGUAAAGCUAUCAAAGUCUAUUAAGUUAAGCAGAAAAAAAUAUCUAUGUAUAAAAUAUAAGCAUAAAUAACGGUUAUUGUGUAUUGUAUAAUUAAAGUUUAUAAACAAAUGUGAACAUUACAUUUUCAUUUCAAAUUUGUUGUAAAUCUGUCCUUAAUCUGCUCUAAUUGUAAAACUACAACUUGUACAUUUCACAUAAUUCUGUAGCUAUUUGAAAAAAAAUGUUUUAUUUAUAUUUUAUUACUAUAAUAAAUCAAAUUAAUACUUA